GUGUCAUGCUGAUCAAUAAAGUUAUACAGAGGGCGGGGCAUAAGGGCAGGAGACCACGUGGGAUGCAGCUGCUGAUGCUGGUCUACCUGAGGGGCUGGUCAGCCAGGCUUCCCUGUCCUCUCUGCCGUAUGUGAUGGAUGGAAGAUGCGGUGCCCGCUGUGCCAUGUGCUGGUUGCCCUAACGCUGCUCUGCAAUGUUCUGCUGCUCUAUUAUACAUGGAACCUACAUGUCCGCCCAGCAGGACGACAAAGCCCCCCCUCCACGUUGUCCCCAGGCAUCACCGUCAUUGUACGUGAGUUCUACAGCUUUGAGCACGGCCUGGCUGCAUUAAACCACUCCUUCCUCCGCUCCCGCCCCUCUGUCCGUCUUCUGGUUGCAUCUGAAGCUCUUCCGUACCCUCCAGUACAAGGAAUAAACAUUCUGAGGCUUCAUCCCUCCCCGGAGAAACCUGGCUCCGUCGUCCGCCUAGAGUCCCACGUUCAGACUCGUCUUGUGGCCCUGGUUCCUGAUGGCACGGCUCUAGAUCCCCCAGAUCUGUUGGAUGGCAUGGUUCAUAUACUACGUGAUUCCCCACCUGGCGUGAGAAUUGUAGCAGCUGGGGCCGGCACUGUGCUCAGAUGUUUCCACCUCAAGGUGUCCCUUCGUCAGUGGACAGCAGAGUAUAGCCCGGCAGGAACUGGUGACAUUUGUGGGGCGGUCUUGGGAAGCGCCGUCCUUCUGAUGCGAUCCCGCGACUUGUUUGAAUUGCCAUUUCCACUCUCGCGUCCAGUGCAGGCAGCCAUUUUUAUUCAGGCUGCGCUGCGUAGUUGGGGAGUAAAGGUGCUUGAAGGUGCCACAUUUCCUCGUACUCCUCUGCCAGCCACAGACCAUGGGCGCUGGAAAGCAGAGCAGGCCGUCCGUGUCGAAGAGGCCGCUACCAUGCGAGUUCUAGGUGUCAGACUGGUCCGUGGUCUUGAUGGUGGGGAUCGGUGGUACGGCUGCUCUAAGGAGACCCCACGCUGCUUUGGGACGGUGGUUGGGGAGACCCCAGACUACCUCUAUGAGGGACGUUGGACACCACCGUGCUGCCUGCGUGCCUUGAGAUCCACAGCUCUUCAUGUCAUCAAGGUUCUGGAGGCCAGCAAUGUACGUUACUGGCUGGAAGGUGGGAGCUUACUUGGGGCGGCUCGUCAUGGGGACAUCAUCCCAUGGGACUAUGAUGUAGAUCUUGGCAUUUACCUGGAAGAUAUCACACUGUGUCCGGAGCUGAGAGGGGCACAGGACGGUUCUCUUGUAGAUGCAGAGGGCUUUGUAUGGGAGCGAGCAGUGGAAGGAGAUUUCUUCAGGGUACAAUACAGCCAAAUCAACCAUCUGCAUGUGGAUUUGUGGCCCUUCUACCCACGCGAUGGACUGAUGACCAGAGACUCGUGGACAGGCCAUCCGCAGGACAUUGAGUUUCCGGAGAGCUUCUUACAGCCCCUUCAGGUUCUCCCCUUUGCAGGUGCCUCUGUUCAGGCCCCAAACCGACAUGUAGAGCUGCUAAAAAUGAAGUUUGGAGAGAGGGUGAUAGAGGAACCCCAGUACCCCAACCCUGCCUUACUGAGGAUAAAAGAGAGGUGAGGCUGGAAGGUGCACUGAAGGGAUAUCUGCAAUGCGGGUGUCUCUAUAUUCAGGAGACACAUAAGAGAGGGAUAAUACAGGGAGAUGUGCACCUGCUUUACAGAGAGAGAGGAGAGUGAGGGAACCAGACGUCAGAGCCAGCAGUACCCAACAGUGUACUGUACAGUCUGACCACUGGAUGGCAGCACUGUACAAUAGGUCACCAGGGACAGCACUGACCUUAACAUAGCUGAGAGGGAAAGAGAAGCAGGUUCUUGCUGGUCUGCACACCCAUGUACGGAGGGCGGCGCAUGGGGUCUUGUAUAAGGAGAUCUGAUAGGACAUUAAUACUCUGGGUCACCUCUAUGGGGGUUAUGUAAAGUUGUCACAUGAAGGGAGCGGAAUGUAGAACAUACAACACAAUGGCUGCAGUCCGAUGUUACAGUAUAACAAUAUACACUGAGUAACCGCGCUGCGUAUACUGUAACCCAUGACGUCAGUCCGCCAGUCUCUCACUCCUGUGCAGCGGGGGAGGAACUUCAUGACAACAGAACGACUGACAGUGGAUCAUAUACAGGGACAGUGAUGUCACAGCGGCUCAAAUGACUGAUUUUAUCAGGACUCUGUCCCAGAGGUGUAUGAGGAGUGUCCUGUCCCUGUAAUAGAACAGAGCCGCAGUGGCCGGCCGCGUAGGACUGAACCUUUGUGGUUGAUGUGUCAAAGUAAAUAUUGUUGUAAUGUUUUCCUUUUUUAAAGAGCUCAGUUUCUGCUAAUUACCAUCCAAACGAGGAGCAGUGACGCGGGCCCCUGAUGUCUGAUUAUAAGUCCUGGGGUGUCUUCCUGACGAAGGUUUGUUAUUAAAACCGAAACGUUGCACAUCAAAA